AUGACUGACUAUCAUCAAGUUUUGAUUUCAAGGGUGACAAAGCAGGUGUUUUGGCGGUUAUUUUGCGCGGCGUGGCAAUCAGCUUUAAGCUUUCAAAAUAUUCGAUCAGCCUUUGCUUCACUUGGUAUCCAUCCCUUUAAUCCGUUAAAGACACCUUCACCAAGCCCAGGCGAUAAUGAAAUAGAUCGAAAGACUCCAGGAUCUGUUCGAGCAAUUCGCCGUACGAUUAGGGCUAUUCAACAAGAAGGAGAUCUUACACAAGCCACAAAGCUUGUGAUGAAAGCAGCACAGAAACUGAUCAUACGAAAUGAAAUUCUUGAACACCAAUAUAAAGGCCUAGUUAAUGCGUUAGUUAAUGAGAAGAAUCGCCAGAGACGAGGCAGGCCUUUAGGUCUUAUUGAUAAAGAGAACCCUGGUGAAGCCCAGUUCUUCUCGCCGAGCAGAGUUGAAGCUGCCAAACAGCGCAUACAAGAUAUUGAAUCCCAGAAAGAGCAGGAUAAGAUUAAUGCAGCAAUUCUUCGUACGCAGAAAGCACUUGAGCGCGAAAGGAGAGAUCGAGAGAACCAAGAAAAGCGAGAAGUCGGAUCCGUGAGCGAGAAGCGAAGAAGCAACAAAAAGAGCUUGAAAAAGAGCAGCGUCGUAUAG